CCGUUUGCUUGUGACGUUUUGCUAGGGCGAGUACAGCAGCCUCAGCACGGAAGGAAGGGUGUGUACCGUGAGGACGCAUGUAAGGCGGCGGGACAGCUAAGUCGUUCCUUUUGUUGUUAAAAAGGUCGAUUUUUUCUUACAGUCCCGUGUUGAUUUGAGGCCAUGGAGAUACACGCCGUCUUGGUUCUUCUGACAGCGCUGCUGUUUGCGGCGUUGGACGUCUCUUCAGCUGACAAUAAAAUGGCUUACUUCAAGAUCGGCGGCGAGCUAAAUUUGAAGCCUGACUUCUCGGAUGCUAUCAGAAACAUUUUGUGGAAACUGAAAGGUGAUCUCGUCGCUGAAUGGGUGAAGGACGCAGUGCCAUUAGACUACUACGGUAGAUUUGAGGGCCGCACAACUCUGGACUUAAACACUGGACAGCUGACCAUGAAGAACCUGAGCAAAAAUGACGAGGGGUUGUUUUCUUUCGAAAUCAACAACAAGAUCCAGCCUGUGAGCUACACCAGCAAGGCGAUCGAAGAAGUGCCCAAACCCACUGUGGUUACGCAGCCUUUGACAUGUCAGUCUCAGUCUCAGUUGGAUAAGUGUGGGCUGAGUUGUUACGGAGAGAUAAAAGAGGCCGGUCCUGUCACCUACAGCUGGAAGGAGGGAGACGGUGUGUGGAAGGAGAAGAAGGAGAGCAACAUUUCAAUCACCAAGACUGACUCAGCAACUAUUAAAACAUUCUCCUGUAUGAUGAAGAACCCAAUCAGCGAGAAGCAAAGUGAUCCCAAAAACAACCCGUUCUAUGUUGAACCUGCAGUUAUCAAUGUCCCUAACCCUAAUAUCGGGUUGGCUGUGGGUCUUACCCUCGCUAUAGCUGUUUUGGCCGGGUUAGGUGUGCUGGGUUGGAAGAACAAGGAGAAGUUCAGAACGUGGCUCCCCGUAAAACAAGACAGCAAUGACGCUGAACGUGACAAUGUAAAUGAACCAUCACGUCCAGCUUCACCCCGACAACCCGCGACCGAACUAGAGAAUAAAGACUCACCACCAAAUGCCUGAACAUGUGGAGGUCUUAUCUCAUGGAAACAGAAUCAGAUCUGCACUCUGCAGUAUUCUCCCCAGACUGUUUUUAAGAAUAACACAUGUUGAGGAGGAAAAAAAAACAAAACUGUUUUAUCUUUCAACUGUGUGCACCUUGACUAUUACUUGCAGUUUAAGAUUGUAAAAUCGCGUGUGUGUUUUAAAAAAAAAAAAAAAAUUGUAUGAACUGAAUGUUGAGAGCUGACUGAUGUGGACUCAAACAGAAACAUGAGUUAGAAAUGGAAGGAUGCAUGUCUUGUAAACACAACUAACAGCAGGCAGGGCUGCCUGGUUCAGUCAAAGCAGUUAUUAUCAGACUGACUUUAUCAACAAUCCAGUUGGGUCAGAUGAUAAAAAUAUAUAUAUAUAUUAUUACCUGACCAGCUCUUAACAUGCUCAUUUAAGUUAUUUGUUAUGUUAUUCAAGUGUUUAUCUCGGCUGGUCGUUGAUGUAUUGAACAAACAGUCAGAAUAAUAUACAAGAUGACCUUGAAGCCGACAUGCAAAUUUAAAUAUGACUUCAAUCGCCUGUUUAAAACCAGUAUCAAACUGUCAAAGCAUUUGGGAUCAUCUAUGUAUAGAAUGAACAAUACAAGAAACAAGUCAUUUCGCUAACUCUGUCCUCGCUUUCUUUGUUGAUAGUCUGUGCUGUAUUUAAGCUUUAACUGAUUUUUAUGUUACAUUCAUCUCCAUUUAGUCAAUUUGCUUCUUCUACAACUCAAUUAAUGGGGCAAUGUUUAAUUUAUUGUAUUUCUGAUUUGCCGAUGUGUGUUUUUAUACUAUGUGCCUUCUGAAAUACAUUGGGUUAACUGCU